UUACCCCUCUUCAAUUAUAGCUAGAAGACAAAACACAAGGAGCCAGCAAAAGACUGCAUUUUUUUCUCUAAAACUUUGUUUACUCAUAGACCCGCCAUGAGCAUUAUUUCUCUGUUUUUAGGACUCAGCUCUGGAUUGCUGUUAAUGUUUUGUUCUCACUUCCCAGAGGCAGGGAAAUGCCAGCUUAUCUGGGGAACAGAUGAACAGUUAAGCAAGGCCAUCCUGGAAAUGCUACAUAUCAAUAAGUUAUCCACACCUCUCAGGACCAAGCCUCACCACUACAUGAAGUUAGUCUAUCACCUACGAAACCCACCAGCUACCAGUGACUUUUCAAACAGUGAAGGGACUCUUGUACAGAGUUUCAGGAGCAUCCAAGAUCCAGAGUUUGGCAUUCCAGGAUGGCUAUGGUUCAAUAUUUCUUACCUGAAACCUUCCAUGAGACUUGAGGAAUUAGUUCUUCUCAGGAAGACUCUACACCCAGAAUCACUGACAGUAAACGUUACUGUGCAUAGCAUCUCCAUGGUCCAGGGAAAUCUCACAGAAAGCGAUGCCUUAGAUGAGAAAGUGUUGGCAUUGGAUGAGCUCCCGCCAUCUGGUUACGACGUCUUUAACAUUUCAGCCAUUUUGAAUGAGACCAUCUCAGAUGUCAUAGGCUUUCAGCUACGAUUCACAGACGACAGUGGCAGCUUGGUUCUCCAUGAAGCUCUGACUAAGAGCCUGUACUGUUUGAACAGAUGCACCCAGAGUGAGCCUUUACUGGUGGCUUAUCGCUUCCUGGUGACUGAGCUGUAUGGUGGAAGUAAACAGCAGGCUGCUGGAGAAUGUCAACAUUGUGCUACAGAGAGACGAAGAAACUUGCCAGAAGAUUCCACACUAGAACAGUGCAGCCUUCACCAGCACUUCGUGAACUUUCAGACAAUACAACUGAGCCAUUGGAUUCUGGAGCCUCCUGGCUUCUUCACAAGUUUUUGCAAAGGAGAAUGCUUCAAUGAAGAAUCCAGAGAGCUCUCUGAAGCACAUCAAGGUGUAAUAAAUAAGACAGAAAACUGGACGAGUUUCCACUGUGUGCCCCAGAAGCGAUCUUCCAUUAAUGUGAUGUACUUAUCUCAUUCAGAAGAGCUUGUAAUUGAAAGGCUGAAGGAUCUGCGAACAGAAAAUUGUGCAUGUAAACACAUGCUUUGAUAAAGUGUAGGUCUCUAGCCAUCCCUACAGAAUUGCAGUCUUUGUCGCUACAGAACGGGAACUUCGGAGAUUCAGGAUAUUAAAAUGUAACUCUAUAAUCUUUGAGAUGCCCUGUUCCACUGUAAAGAGUCAGUUAGAUGUGUAGAUAGCAGUCUGUUCACAGCAGAUAACCAACAAACCAAAGUAGCAAAGAAGGGGUUCAGCAAUUACAUAUAAGCUAUAGUUAAUUAGUUUAACCAAGGAGAUUGUCAAACUCACAAUACAACAUUGUCACUACAUUAUAUUGAAAUUACCUUUUGUGUGGACUACUGUGGCAUGCAAUUGGAAAUAAAUAUAUUUCCUGUCAUCUUUAUCAGUAUUUUUUCCAAACAAAAAGGAGAAUCCUCAGCCUUUUUCAACAUUACAUUUAAAAGCCUCAUUAUGUACUGGGGAGUGACCAUUGUUCCAUGAAUAAUUGAAAGAUGCCAUGGUAUAAUACAACAGGAUUUACUAUAAAGUGUCAUUGUUAAAGUAUUUCCUUUCCAGAAGGGCCCCUCUGUUGCGUUGUGCUUUGCAACAGCCAUCCAUACCACUAACCACUCUCAUCUGAUCCAGGCUCCUCAAUUUAGAUGGAUUAAGCAUUUAGUAAGUACCCCAUUAAUCCCUUUCUGCAAUUUACAUAUACAGAUUCAUCAGACUAUAUGGUCUGAUACUAUAUCAUUUAACACAUUGAGAAAUCUUCCUAAGAAUGGAUUCUAUUCCUGGCUAAGUAAAUAGUUACUAAAUCAUUUGGAAACACUGUUUUUCACAUAACUGAUUUUCACAAUUAAAUUGUGACAUUUCCUAGAUGUGCUAAUAAUGUGUUCUGUGUAUCAGACUUUGUUUAGAUAAAAUACUUCAAGGUGUUAAGCAAAAGGAGUAGAGUUUUUUUGUGGGGAUGUCACUUAUCUUUGAAUUUUCCUGUUCAUUCUAGAGUUCCCUAUAAUCAUUUGUAACUAGUUAUACAUUCUAUUUUUACAAAAACUGGAAAAAAAAACCCAGUAGGACAAGGUGACUGAUGUUUUGCAUUUAUCAUAACUGUAGCACCUUCAACUAUAGCAAGGUUUUUUGUUGGUUUUUUUAAAUUAAAGGUUGCAUUUAGGAAAUAAAUGUAGCCUGUUUGGUGACUGUGGAAGAAAGCAUAUGGCAUUUCAGGGUAUGCUGUUUUUCUGACAAAACCUGAGUU